GAUGGUCGGAGCCUCGUGCCGGCUGGGCAGCGCCCAGACGCCGGGGCCCGCGCGUCAACGCCGGAGCGUGCGGGCGUCCCACAGCCGCGGAGGGGCGGCCGGGCCGGUUUCCGCGUGGCGUCGCUGGUGCUGGCGUUGGCCCUGGAGGACGGCCCUGAGUGGUGGCCGGCGCCGGCCUCCCGGGUCUCUCCCGGGUGCACUUGGAGUCGUCCCGCGGCCGCCAGCGGCGGGGUGGGCAGCCGCGAGGCCAGGGGACACCCCAGGACACACGCACCUGCCUCCUGGUGCGAGAAGACGACCCCGGCUUAAGAGUGAGAUGGCGUUUAAUGAUUGUUUCAGUUUGACCUACCCUGGCAACCCCCACCCAGGAGACUUGAUCGAAGUGUUCCGUCCUGGCUAUCAGCACUGGGCACUGUACUUGGGUGAUGGUUAUGUUAUCAACCUAGCUCCUGUAGAUGGCAUUCCUGCAUCAUUUACAAGCGCUAAGUCUGUAUUCAGCACCAAGGCCUUGGUGAAAAUGCAGCUCUUGAAGGAUGUCGUGGGAAAUGACACAUACAGAAUAAACAAUAAAUACGAUGAAACGUAUCUCCCUCUCCCUGUGGAGGAAGUCAUAAAGCGGUCAGAGUUUGUAAUUGGACAGGAGGUGGCAUAUAACUUAUUUGUCAACAACUGUGAGCAUUUUGUGACAUUGCUUCGCUAUGGAGAAGGAGUUUCAGAGCAGGCUAACCGAGCAAUAAGUACCGUUGGGUUUGUGACAGCUGCUGUUGGUGCCUUCUCAUUCCUGGGCUUGUUUCCAAAACGACAAAGGGAAAAAUACUAUUAACAAUGUACUGGAGAAAUAUUGAUAUUGAAGGAAUUUGGAAGGAGGAAAAAAAACCUGGAAUGAAUACUUAGUGCAUCAUUAUUGUUCCAAAUUCCUAUAAUGGAUGGCAGGCUCUUUAAUAAAUUGCUUACUGAUAUUAUCUUA